AUGGCAAUAUCGUCCCCGCCAGCCUGGCUCGCAGAGACAAGCGCCUCCCCGGCAUACUCCAUGUCUGCAUGCUCUUGUGCAUUCCCCUCCUCUUCGCCCCACCUCACAGUGAUUGCCUCCAAGCCCAGGUGGACAACGACACUUAUUGACUCCCUUGCAGCGACCACCGUUCAGACAUGGGAUCACACACUUUGCUGGGGAAAAACAUUUUUACAAAUAAAUGACAAAACCCAACUCAUCUAA